AUGUCGGCCUGCGAUUGCUCCAGCGCCGCGGCGGUCAAACAGACCUUCACCUUCUGGCAGCCCGCCCAGCUCAGCCCCUCCAUCAACCGCCCUAGGGUUGGAGGGGCCGUUUCUACCCCGUCGGAACUUUGGGCAGAUCAGGAUCUGUCUAUUGCUGAUACCGACUGGAAUUUCGUAUCUAUCAACCACGCCACGCCGUAUCCCGCCUUUGACGGUGUCAAUCCUUCUGUGAACGACAUGGGGUACGGCAUGGCAUCUACCUUUGCUUCUCUUUCGGAUUCGGGAUCGAGUGAACCCAAUCCUGUUCCUUCCAUUCAUGUUGCCAGCUCGGUGAAUUCACAAGAUGGGUUUUCACACCCCUCUCCUGUGUCUCAGCUCCAUGCGUCUGUCGCAACGUCUCUUUCUAGCCCUGCUACAUCGCAGGGUGACGAUGUCUUGGGCCGUGUAGAUUCGUCUCGCGUUGAAAAACGGAGACUGAACACUCUUGCGGCCCGUAGAUGCCGUCAGAGACGUGUGGACAAGGUGAAGAGUCUUGAGGACGAGCUGGAAGUUAUGCGGAAGGAACGGGAUGAGUUGAGACUUCGGUGUUCGAAGCUGGAAGGAGAGACGGAGGCUUUGAAGGGGCUUUUGACUCGAAAGAGCAAGUGA